CAGCCUGCGAGCUCGCGCUAUCGGCCUCUUCCUCGCGCCUUUGCUCGGCUUGUCAAGCAGAAGUACGGGCUUGGUGGAUCGGAGAUCUGGCCUCAGAUUAUGCUGCCAUUCCAACCGACCAGAACGAUGUGUGAUUCAGAUGCUCUCCUGUUUUAUGAAAGCCAACCUCAGGAAUGAGCACUCCUGCUCCCUCGCUCGUGUUUUUUUUCGCCAGGACUGAGCGUAUGUGGGACAGUAGCGAGUCUAGCAGCUUUAACAGCCUUCAGACAAAAGACGGCUGCGAAGUAAUAUUCACACAUAAAAGGGGUCGUUGUCUCCAUUCUAUGGAGAAAGUGGGCAAGAUGUGGGGUAACCUCAGGAAUCGAUGCCAAGCCCUCUUCCACAACGAUGGCUCCGAGUCCCAUCUGUGUAGCCAGGAUUUAGAUUGCGUCCACUGUGUGGUAGACUUGGGUAGGGGAGCACAUGCAGAACCCUAUGAAACUACACCCUCACGGACCUUGUCACUACUCCCACUGGUUACUGGAGGACGCAGAGGCCAUAACUGUGUGGCAGACAUUCCCCAGAUUGUAGAAAUCUCCAUUGACAAAGAGAGUGAGGAUGCACUGAUGGGUCCACUUAUCCGUAGGGACUCCUACUCACGUCAUGCUCCCUGGGGAGGUAAAAAGAAGCAUUCUUGCUCAACUAAAACACAAAGUUCGCUUGAGGCUGACAGGCGAACAGGAUGCUCAAGAGGAAGUACAGCCAGGAGGGAGCGUCGCUAUGGAGUUAGCACUAUCCAAGAGAUGAGUGAUUCUGUAGGAGCUGGCAGCAGUGGGCGCAGCCUUAGCACCCGUUCUCUACGACAGCGACUUCAGAACACCGUAGGCUUGUGCCUUCCUCUCCCCACACACUGCCGUUCUCAGUCAGCCAAAGGCCAAGUGUCCUCCAAACGUAAGAUCCACCUGACUGAACUGAUGCUCGAAACAUGCCCUUUCCCACCCGGUUCAGAUCUGGCCAACAAGUGGCACCUAAUUAAGCAACAUACAGCGCCAGUCAGUCCUCAUUCCUCAACUGCUCUUUUGGAUGCGUUUGAUGUAGUGCAUCCAUCCACUGAGGACGAGGAAGAGAGGCUGCGUGAACGGCGUAGACUUAGCAUAGAGGAAGGAGUGGAUCCCCCUCCAAAUGCACAGAUCCAUACGCUGGAGGCAACUUCACAGAACUCUUUCCUCUAUAAACUGGGACCAAAGAUGGCUCCUGGUGUUGGGGAGGGCAGAAGUCUGGGAACAGUCUCCUCCAUUUCUGGGGGGGUAUCGGGUAUUGUCGCACAGGUUUCAGCGAGUAUGGCAGUGUCAUCCCACACUGUUGACUGUGACUCUGAGGAGGACUCAACUACUCUUUGCUUACAGACACGGAAGACCAAGCAGAGGCAUGCUUCUGGGGACACACACUGCUCCAGACAACCCGGGCCUUGGAAGGUCCACACACAGAUUGACUAUAUCCAUUGUUUGGUGCCUGACCUACAGGCCAUAACUGCACUUCCUUGUUAUUGGGGGGUGAUGGAUCGGUACCAAGCAGAAGCACUGCUGGACGGACGACCAGAGGGCACCUUCCUGUUACGUGAUUCUGCACAGGAGGACUACUUGUUUUCCGUUAGUUUUCGACGCUACAAUCGUUCACUGCAUGCACGCAUUGAACAGUGGAAUCACAACUUUAGCUUUGAUGCGCAUGACCCCUGUGUCUUCCACUCUUCCACAGUAACAGGCCUGCUGGAGCACUAUAAAGACCCUAGUGCCUGUAUGUUCUUUGAGCCCCUGCUCACUGCUCCCUUACACCGGACUUUCCCUUUCAACCUUCAGCAUCUGGCGCGAGCCGCCAUCUGCAGACACACCACCUAUGAUGGCAUUGGUGCCCUCGCGUUGCCUCCAACCAUGCAGGACUUCCUGAAGGAGUAUCACUACAAACAGAAAGUCCGUGUGCGCUGGCUAGAGAGAGAGCCACCACUCAAGGUCAAAUGAGGUCUGGCUCUGCAACCAAGAGAGGCAGGAGUGUGGGCAAGAGUUUUGCCGCCAGAGGAGUAUGUGGCUCAUAUUAUCCAACAUACAGCUGGAUUUAGACACACGGCAACAGAGGAUGUUGUGAACUUCCAGCAGUUUUUUUUUACCGGUUAAUACUACACAUGGAAUCCAUACAUAUGUUUCAGUGCAGAACAUUCUGUCAAGCUAGCUUAUUUGCUGAAUUGUCGAGCAUGGUGGGAAUGAGAUGGACUUAUUCUCUCUGCUCUUUUUCCUAUGACCUUAUGUCCUUUGGCUCUCCACUAGCAUGCCCCUUGCUUUCUAUCUUCUAGUGUUUUACACUAUUUUGAGCAGUAAAACUGAUUGUUGUCACAUUAACUAGCCUCUUUUGUCAGGCAAAUGGAUGACAUCUACAGAAGCUUAGUCCACUGAUAAAAUAUGUUCAAGUAAUCUUGGAAGUCUUCAUACCUGAAUGUCUGCUACUCUCUAAAAUUUGAUGUUAAACAUCUAGUCACACUAUAUGCCUAUUUGUGAAGUCAUGACUAAUUUAUCAACAAUACCUUCAAGAUACUUUACAGUGACCUCCUACAAGUGUCAAGUUCCCUGAGGCAGCACUUGUUAAGCCUUGUGUACGUGGACAGGAUCACAGAUAUACACGCACCUCUCAGCACUAAGCAUGCUUUAUUUUUAAAAUUGAGGCAGACAGAAGUGAAAGGCAUGAAUUAAUUGCGGGGAGGUGGGAGCACUGUGCACAGUGUGCCAUAUGAUAGAGAGGACAGAUUAUUUAAAACUAGGCCCUCAUGUAGUGUCAUAUCCCAGCAUAAUCCUUGUUUUAAACAGUCUAUUUUACUAUUUUCUAUUUUUAUCAGCGACAGUCUAAAAUGACAUAUGGCACUUUAAUUGUUGUUUGUGUACCACACAAUGACUUAUAGACUCAAGUACAUGCAUAUAAACCGAUGAUAUUGUCUGUUUUUUUUAUGGACCUUAUUCAUAGGAUGUCAAUUUACCCCAUAUUCUUAGCAUGAGUCACCCGAAGUUUAUGUUAGUGUCAAGUGUCUCUUACCUUGCCUGUGUAUAUGGUAUGUACUCGAGGCUAUAUUUUAUCUAACAUGGUAAUAUAUGCAACAGCCGAAAGUGGACAGAGAAAGUCCUCUGUAAAACUUGUGUAGAUACCUCUAAGAUUGUUUUCACUUUAGAUAUUGUUGGAACACAGACAGAUGCCAUCACUGCGUAUAUAUUUAAUGUUUAUUGGAUUAAUGUCCAGUUAUGUUAUAAAGUGUGGUUGGUUCCACUUGAUACCACUUGAUUGUUGCACUUUUAUUCAUUAUGAAGCACGCAGCUAUGCUUCCCUCAUCAUAAUUGUGUGCACUAGUGAUUGAGAUUCCCUGAACACUGUAAAAUAUAGUUAUAAAACUCUAUACUUUUGAUGUGCUUGGUCUUACACAAAAAUUCAAUUAAAGCCAACGAAAUCAUACUAAUAUAUUUAAUAUCAGAUGUUCAGCAUUACAAUGGUGGACUUUUAAGUUCCAGAAGGAUCUCAGACCAUGCAUAAUAAUAUGUUAAACUGGUACAAUUUGUGGUAUUUGGGUGUUUGAUGAUCAGCGACCAAAGGUGUGCAUCUCUAGGUUGUUAUUGUGAAUGAGAAAUCUUCCACUAUGCCUCUUGAUUAUUUAUGUUGAGUUCAAUGAGUUAAUUAUAGUGUCCAGUUUUCUGGCAGAGUAGCACCCAUUUUGAAGCCAUUUAUUUGAACCAAUUAAAUCCACAAUUAAACUCUUUCAGAAUAUGCCUCAGUUGUCACUGAAAGGAAGUCAUUUUGUUAAUUUUAGAUUUUUUUUUGUUUACUCUAUUUUUCCACUUGAAUGACCUGAAUAAAUACUCAAAACAACCAUCUUAAAAUUUCUUCCACCCUGCACACUGUAUGCUCUGUAUACAGGCUCAUUUUAUGUCAACUGUGUAGCGGUACAUGUCAGAUGAUGUCAUCUGCUUUCAAGACUUCAACUUUGAAUAUAAUAUACCUUUCAUUGAAUUUACAUACAAAAUAUGAGUGCUUAGUCGCAGCUAGCAGUUUCACAGCCUCUCCCGAGCCAUACUUGCUGAAGAAAAACCAUCUAAAACCAGCCUGGUUUUAGUGGGUCUCCCAAGGUUUAGUCACUUUUCAGCUGGUCAGGCUGGGAGACCUGAUUGCCCAGUUGAAGACCGGCUUAGCCUAAACCAGCUAAGAUUAGCUUAUAACAUUUGAAUUUGACAACUAUUAUGGUUGUCCAGUUUGUGUGUUAAGUCAAUGUCAAAAAAGUAACAUGGUGUUACCAUGUUUUUUAGGAUAUGGUAACAUGGUAAUUCCAAGGAAUUUAGACAUGUCCAUCACAGUGCCAUGUUUUUUUUAGAACAUGUACCAUGGUUCUUCUAUGGUAUUCUAUGACGUUCUGUGAAGUAUAGUAUGUGGCAAAGUACCAUGGCGUGGCUAUAACCUGGUACCACCACAGUACAUUUUUGUGAAGAAAUGCUCAUAACGCUGAUCUGAGGAAAUUGUUCCCUAUAGCAAAAGCUCAACGAUGCUGAAAGGCGUUCAGCAGAAAUUCGUGAUGCUCUUUCCCGUUUCAGGAAUGAGUUCAAGUGAUGUAAGCCACUGCAUUUAUGACAGAAAGCUUCAUUUUCAAGGGUGUUGGUUCGAGGGCUGUUAAACGCUUAGCGAUAGCUUGGUCCUCACCAAAUCCUUUGUAUGUUUUUAAACACUGAGGCAUACUCAUGCAGUCAUUUGGGACUUUGUAUGCCACUGCACAGUGAGCGAGUCUCUCCUGGCAGAUUUACACCCUGCCCUGCCUUACAGGCACUAAUCACAGGCUAAAUUUACAUGCUAGCCUCUAAAUUUACCACCUGCUAAAAGGACCACUCUGUGUUUCUUGAUGGGUGCUGUGAAAAUAGAGAAGAGAGGGACUUUUUGCUCUAAUUUUUCCUCUUCCUCCCCGGUCUGACCACAUCCUCAGCAUCACCCUCUUUCUUGAAUAUGUAGUGCUGAAAGCAGUGAGCGCGUUGUUUGUUUAGUCU